AUGGCUUCGGAAGUGUAUUUUAAGUUUAAGUCGAGCGUGAAGACCGAUUCAAUUCCGUUUGACGGGUCCGCUAUUUCUGUUAAAGAGCUUAAGAAUGCUAUUAAGAAUAAAUGUUGCCUUCGUUCUGCAGAUUUGGACCUGAAGUUAGAGGACAGCACUGGGAAAGAGUACUCGAAGGAUACCGAACUUAUUCCAAAGUUUACUAGUAUAGUUGUCAGGCGUGUUCCGAAACCGAAUGGGGAGCCCCAAAAGAGGAAGUCUGUGCCCUCGUCAGUUUCUCGCGAUAAAUUUGCCAGUCAGACGGAAUCAAGCGCUGCUACUGUUACGAGUUUGGCCGAUUCUGAUUUACCAGAAGAAGAGAAAAUUCGACUCAUGAUUGACAGAUCUUCAGAGUCCUAUUCCUCAAAAAAUUACACUGUAAAGGCCAAAGCUUUCGGCGUUCCCCCUCCAACCUACAUUUGCCAUAAGUGUAACCAAGGAGGACAUUGGAUUCAUGACUGUCCUGGCAUUAAGGAUGUUCGUGGGAACCUGGUUGAUUCCAAGACGGUUAAGAGGCCGACUGGCAUUCCUCAGGAUUUUCUUGUGCGAGUCGAUCCGGGCACGCCGGGUGCGUAUCUCGAUAAGUGUGGACGCUAUAUGGUCCCUAUAAAGGAUGCUGAGGCUUACUCUCAAAAGAAGAAGGAGAAACGUGCAUUUUCCACUGAGGAGAAUCCUCCUUAUGUUCCACCUCAGGAGCGUACUCCCUCCGCUGGCCUGGUUUGUCCACUGUGCAAAAAACUGCUCAAAGAUGCGGUGAUAAUAACUUGUUGUGGAACUUCAUAUUGUAAUGAAUGCAUUACGAACCAUUGCUUUGUUGCGGGUUCGCGAAAGUGUCCGAAUUGUGGUGCGCCGGCAGAGAAAUACGAUAGUGCGAUAAUUGAAAACGCUGCGAUGAGGCGAGCUGUAACGGACUGGCUGAGGGCAGGCAAUUCUCCGGAAGCGUCAAAUCAACGGGUUUCUCCCGAGGUUAUACAGACGAAGGGCACACCAGAGCCCGAAAAGGUGGUUCGUCGGCUUCUUAAACCGAAGCAACCGGCGUUGGUUGGAUCUGGAAAUGCGGAAAGUGGAUCUAUAAACCAAGAAGUUUGUGGCGAACCAAAGGAAACAAAUUUGGAGUUAACUGAUGUGAAGAAGGAGAACGCUGAUACUGUUAAGCUGGGACUUUCUACAUCAGAGCUUUCAGACUCCAAAACUUUGUCAUUCCCAUCUAAAUCUGAAUCGCCUCUUACCCAUGUCAAAAGUACCCCUAUUGAAUCUCACACCCCUCCUGUUGUUUCUAAUACAAGUAGCGUAGCCAGCCUGCCUUGUGCAAAUUCCUUUGGUGCAGAAAACGUUGCUUCUGUGUUACCAACUCUAUCAAAUGUUACAUCACUGUAUAAUGGUGCACCGUUAGUUCUCCCUGGCGAGGUUGCGUCUCUCGCAAACCCUGUGUAUAGUGCAAAUCUUGCAGCCUCCCUGACAGCAGUAGGUGCAGCUCAGGCCCCGCUAAAUACCGUCUUUCCGAGCAACUCCCUUAUCCCAUCCAGCGGUGUGUGGCCGUCGGUGGAUCUGUCCCUCUUAGGCGGCGUGGAUCAGAGCGGCUUCUCCGGCGCUGGCAAUGUCUUCCCCUCAGUCGGUCCUCUCGUGGGCUUGCACGGCACAGUUGGUGACAAACUCCUCUCCAAGGAGGAGUUUUACCGCAUGAAGAGGCGCUUGUUGGAAAAAUCGCACAGAAGGCGUCCACGUAGCCGAGACUCCCCACACUCACGCCGCAGGUGUGGCAGUCGCAGACGUGCAGCCGCUGACUACUAUUACCAUAGGCGUGAGGAUGAGCGGCGGUUGAGGAAGCGGUCACCUCCAAGGCGCCGUCGCUCUCGUAGCAGCGGCUCUGAUCACCGUCCCACCAGAGGUGAUGGUGGGGCUGUGGAAGACUACGAUACAUGGAAGCGCAGAAAAGAGCGUCGUCUGCAGAUGGAGGCUGCGGGAGGCCGACGUGUGUCACCACUUCGUGGACUUCGUAGAAGUGCUUCUCCUGGCGGCUCACCUUUACCGAAUACCAGGCGAGAAGCAUCACCUCAUGAGUAUUCUAGCGAUCGCAAUCGACGGUAUCCGGAAGAAGUGGACAAAUCUCGUUUGCGAAGUCCCUUUUACGUUGGAAGUCCCAUUCGGAAGACUUUGGAGGAGAACUCUCCGAAUCUUGAGGGAACUUUUCGUCAUCAGGAUCGUCGAUAUCGUUGUGAAGAUUCAGAGCAUUCCCGAAGGCGGUCAUUUUCGAAAGAAGAAUCGGAUGUGCCUGAUAUCGUCUCAACGCCACCUGAUAAUGCCGAUGAUUUGGAUGCCAAAACGUUAAGGAAGCUGCGUAAGGAACAAAGAAGGAGGGCCAAAAAGGAGAAGAAAUUAGCAAAACGGGCUGCCCGGGCUCAAAAAGCUGCUGCUGCUGCUGCUGCUGCUGGUGGUGGUGGUGGCGGUGCGAUGGGUGUGGGUGAAGGAAUCUAUGAUGAUCUGGACGGGGUUUCUCCCGUAGUUCUUGAGGAAGACGACGGCGAAAGCUCCAGGUCGAAGCGUGACAGAAGGAAGAGGAAGAAGAAACACAGGCACGAACGUGAACUGGAGUCUGGUUCUGGAAGUGAUUCUAGAACUAAGCGAAGGAAAAGGGAUAAAUUACGGAAGUAUCCUAGCACUGAUGAAGAACCAGAUGAGAUUGUUGAAGUUUGCUAA